UUGUACGUGAAAGUCACGGGACUACUUUCAGUGUUGGCGGGCGCGGCCAUCUUAGUUAAUAGUGUAUUUUGUCCUCUUGUGCAUCGAGUCCUAAAUCCCUAAUCAUCCACCAUGUCGGAAAGGGAGGAUAAUGUGUACAAGGCUAAAUUGGCUGAACAAGCCGAAAGAUAUGACGAAAUGGUGGAGGCAAUGAAAAAAGUGGCCUCCCUGGAUGUGGAACUGACCAUUGAAGAGCGUAACUUGCUCUCGGUGGCAUACAAAAAUGUUAUUGGUGCAAGGCGAGCAUCCUGGAGGAUAAUCAGUUCUAUCGAGCAGAAGGAAGAAAACAAGGGAGCAGAAGACAAGCUGGAGAUGAUUAAGACAUACCGCUCACAGGUGGAGAAGGAACUUCGUGAUAUCUGCUCAGACAUCCUGUCUGUAUUGGACAAGCACUUAAUCCCCUGUGCCUCCACAGGAGAAUCUAAAGUCUUCUAUUACAAAAUGAAAGGAGAUUAUCACCGAUACUUGGCCGAGUUUGCUGUAGGAAAUGACAGGAAAGAAGCAGCUGAGAAUUCAUUAGUUGCAUACAAGGCAGCCAGUGACAUUGCAAUGGUUGAACUUCCCCCCACACACCCCAUUAGGCUGGGUUUGGCCCUCAAUUUCUCUGUGUUUUACUACGAAAUCCUCAAUUCCCCUGACCGAGCAUGUCGCUUGGCAAAGGCUGCCUUUGAUGAUGCUAUUGCUGAGUUGGACACAUUAUCAGAGGAGAGUUACAAGGAUUCUACCCUCAUCAUGCAGCUGCUCAGAGACAACCUUACCUUGUGGACCUCAGAUAUGCAGGGAGAUGGUGAGCAACCCACAGAGGAAUCAGCCCAAUGUGAAACUGAAACUAAGGAACAGUUGCAGGAUGUUGAAGACCAGGAUGUGUCGUAAUCUGUGACUGAGCACACAAAUCGAACAAGCGUAAAAAUUGAAGCACUUAACAUCAUCUUGUGUGUAUGACUUGAGUGGAAUGUGGUAGAACUAGUGACUACCAUAUUGUGCGCCUGUGGUCUGUGUGAAACGUAUUACCGCCAUCAAGCCCAGCUUUGGAGGGCUUCGGAAGGACUUGGACUUCUUUAUUAUUUUGUUUUCCCGGGAGGGGGUUGUAACUGUCUGCCAAUAUUCGACUCAAAUUCCAACUUCAAUCCUAGGGGCUGUCAUUGCCGGACUUGGAUGAUUGUGCUGUCGCUUUGGUUUUAUUUAGGCUUUUGAAAUUGCUAUUAAUAAAAUUCAUACCUCAGUUUUAAUAUUUAUUUGUUUUCUUGUCAGGGGAACAUUAAUACACUGUAUUGUGCUUGAGGUAUUUUACUGUCAAAGUAUUCAUACAGUGUUUGAUCUGACACCAAGAGCAAUGUUGAUUCUACUUAUUUAUUCCUGUGAGCUGUAUUUCCCUUGUUGAGAUCUCUAACUCUUCAACUGUGACAUGUGUCUUGGCAUUUCUUUUGCUGUUGGAUCACAUAUGUGAGAAUGUUUUUGACUGGGGACUUGCUAUCAGUUUGGGAAAUGAUUGAAAUGUGAGUGGAUCAAGUUCAAUCUGCAUUUGCAGGCAGUUCAAGUAUCCCCUUAUUUGGAGUUGGUCCAUUCUGUGAUAUAAUUUGCUAAAAGUGAGAUUUUAAAAAUUAUUUUAUGGUGUCUCAUCUCAUGACAUUGCUUCACAUGCAUUUAUUUUGAUCAAGUGGUGGCCCUCUCAGUUUCAAUAUUAAAAUAAUGUAAGGAAAAAUAUGGAGUCGUUUUGGAAGAAAGUCUUCUCCUGUUAAAUUUCAGGGAUAAUUUAAGAUGGCCUGACUUUUCUCUUUGCUUAUUGGAUUCUAGUUGAUUCUCUUUGAGAAUGAAUCAUUCCAUCACAUUUACUGUGAAGUAUUACAGAUGCUGCCCACCCCACCCCACACUACCUCACUCCACCUUCCUCUCCCUUCCCUAUUCCUUUUCCUCGUUUACCUUAUCAUCUCCCAUUUAGAAUGUGGGGUUUGUAAUGAAUCAUAAUUAUUUAUUGGUACUUAAAGCCAGCAACCCAGUUAAGAUUGACUUAUUAUUUGGCCGGAGCCGGUUUAGUCUGGCUGUUCUGGUAGUUAAGCUGUAAUCUGUAGAGGUUAGUUCUGUAAUGCACUUUUUGUGAAACCUAAGUCUCCUAUCAAUUGGAACUUAAACUUAUUCUAAAUGGUCUGGGUUAAGUCUCAGGGAGGGGAGGCCAGUUCCGGAGUAAGCUUCCACCGCUCACCUUUUGGCGCUAUCUCUGCAAGCAUUCCUAGUUGCUCUUGGAAUUCCAAUAGCAGACUGGUGAGAAAUUAUGGCUUUGCCUUGCGUUUGAUUUGGUGCUAUGAGCACGUCAGUGAUAAAACACCUUUGCUCAAGAUGCUGCAUGUUGGAAGAGUUCCGACUCCAUCUUAUGAGGAAGGGCAUGCUCUCACCGAGCGGCGUAAGCACAAUUCGGAACAAAACACCUCUUCUACAGCAAAAUUGUGUCCAGUGCUUUUUACAUAGUUGAACAUUGAUCUCAAGAAUUUCUUCCUUGCAUUCAAUAUUGUCGAAUCAGGAAAUCUACUUGCAAGUAUUCCAAGAUGGUAUUCAAACUCUGAGGAUAUUUACCAGACCAGACCAAUGAUGUAAAUUAGCUCCAAUUGUGUGGAAGUAAAACUGGGGCUAUCAAUCAUCCAAAUGCUUUUGUGAAGUAAGCUAUGUCGCAUUUGCCCUCAUCGAAGUUUGUUUUGCUCUGAACCAUAAAAUUAUUCAUAACAAAGUAAACCAUGUAAUUGUUCUGUGUUUUUAACUUUUCUAAAGAAUAAAAUUAUCUUCUUUCCUGUGAAAUGACUCAUUACUAAAUUUAAAAAAAUGAAAAUU